GAAUAAUAAUGAGGAUGUAUGUACAAACCAGUCCAAACGUUAUUGGUUAUUUGUAUUUGUAUACCUCAUCCGAAAGUGUUAUUUCCCCACGUACUUUUAGUUACAUUUUCAAUAAAUACUAACACUAAAUCUACCACCGACAAUUUAAAAUAAUUAAACUAAAACUAAAACUAAACAAUUCAGUUACUUAAAUAAAUAAUAAUACGGCUUCACUCAAUACUCAAUUGUAGUGUCAAUAAUGUUCAUCAAUCAAUACAAUAAUAUUUAUUUAAAAUAGUGAUUACCUCCUAGUGCAAUUAAAUCCCCAGUAAUUUUUAACUGAUAAAUUUAAUUGUAUAUUUUUCCAGCUCAAUUUUUAAAGCCGCAACUAUUUUUACUAAAAUUAUAAAUACUUAAUUUAAAAUAAGUAGCCAACAAAUUGUCAGUUAACCUUUACACCAGACUGAUUAUUGACAAGUGUUUAUUUUAUAUACAUUUAUAUUUAUAUUAAUAAUAAGAAUUAUUAAAAAAAACAAUGGCUAAUUUACGGCAAACUCCGUUGACAUGCAGCGGACAUACGAGACCUGUAGUUCAUUUGGCAUUUUCUGAUAUCACAGAUACUGGAUACUAUUUAAUUUCAGCAUGCAAAGAUGGAAAGCCCAUGUUGAGACAAGGUGACACUGGAGACUGGAUCGGGACAUUUGAAGGCCACAAAGGAGCUGUAUGGGGAGUUGAUUUAAAUCGUCAAGCAACUCGUGCAGCCUCUGGUGCUGCUGAUUUCAAUGCUAAAGUCUGGGACGCAAUCAAGGGCGAAGAAAUUCAUUCAUUUCAACACAACCAUAUAGUAAAGUCGGUUGGCUUUAGCACUGACUCUAACAAUCUUUGUACAGGGUCAAAUGAAAAACUACUUCGUAUUUUUGAUCUCAAUAAACCUGAUUCGUCGCCUCAGGUUUUUUCAGGGCAUACGAGUUUUAUAAAGCAAGUUACAUUUUUUAAUGACAAUAAAUUAAUAGUAAGUUGUGCGGAUGAUAAAACUCUAAGAGUAUGGGAUCGAAGCAACGGCCAAGAAGUCAGACGUAUUGACUUUCCGGCUCUUCCCAGCUCGAUGGAAGUUUCUAAAGAUGGAAAAAUAAUUACAACGACGCAUUCCAAUACUGUGUCAUUUUGGAAUAGUUCAGACUUAACAAAAAUACGUGAGUACACGAUUCCUACUCAAGUAAACAGCGUCAGUUUACAUCCAGAUUGUUCGAUAUUUGUUUGUGGUGGUGAAGAUUUAAAAAUGUACAAAUUUGAUUAUUCAACUGGUGUAGAAAUGGAAUCAUUUAAAGGACAUUUCGGACCAGUGCAUUGCGUAAGAUUUUCACCAGACGGUGAAUUAUAUGCCAGUGGAUCCGAGGACGGGACUCUGAGACUUUGGCAGACGACUGUUGGAAAGACUUACGGACUUUGGCGGUGUACUGACCAAACCACUAGCAUUCAAGAAAAUUCGUCAACUGUCAAUAAUAAACAUGAAGUAUCUGCCAGCUAAACAAAACCGUCCCUCAGUUUAUAUAAACAGAAUUAAAUAUUUUUUCUGUUGUUAUAUAAACUGAUAAUAAAUAAAAACCCGGCAUAUAUUUUAUGUAAAUAUGGGAUCUCAUAUAAUGUGUCAAUAUACUUAUCAACUGUCAUAAAUCAUAUUGUAUGAAACAAAUUUAAAAUUCAUUAAUUAUAAUAUGAAUAAGUAUCGAACAUUAUUAAAGUGACCGGCAUAUGGCCGAACGGUAGAUUGCCGGUACUAAGAUACGAGAAGAAAAAAUAAAUUAUGAGAGAAUAGAGUUUACAAUAAAUGAUAAUAUAUUUAAAAUGUAAACUCUUCGACUUAUGGAAAAAAAAUUAAUAAAUAAAUAAAAUAAAAAUCUGAUUAAAAUUAUAAUAACAUAUAAUCAACAAUACAUAAAACACUUGUCAGAUAUAAUACAUUGAGUAAAAAAAGACAAUAAAAAUAAUAAUAAUAAACAAUUAGCACAAUCAUGUCAAUUACACGACUUACAAAAAAAUUCU